AUGGCCAUGCCAGGUUCCACCACCAGCUGCCGUUGUAUGGAAUUCGAGCCAGUAAUUAAAGAACUGUGGUCAGCAUCCAUAGCUCCUAGCACCAGGCGAUCGUACAGCACAUGGUUUGAUAAAUACAUCCAGUUCUUGCUUUUCUCCGGUCUGAUCGCGAGUGUUUACCUGCCAAACUUACCAGUUUCCGAGAGUUACCUGAUUCAAUUCGUGGCAUACUGUUUCAGUAGCAACAUUUCGUACGCCACUAUAAAACUCUACAUAGGCGGUGUUAGAUUCAUGUGCCUGGAGAAAAACAUCCCAUACCCAUAUUCACAGGAGAUGCCUCGUCUUCACAGCAUUCUUAACGGGGUUAAGCGACUACAGGUUAAGAAGACUAAAUCAAGACACCCAAUAACCUUUCACAUUCUCGAGAAAAUAUGUAACUACUUGAGUAAUAGUGUUCAUGACCUUAUGUUAGAAACAGUAUGUACUGUAGCUUUCUUUGGAUUUUUACGUUGUGGAGAGUUUACUGUAUCGGGUUGUUUCGACCCGUCUAUCCACUUGUGUAUCAAAGACUUAGUGAUAGUUAAGGACUGCGCCCUGUUAACACUGAAGAGGUCUAAAACCGACCCUUUCCGUCAUGGAGUUGUCAUAAGACUGUUCAGUACCAACCACCCGGUAUGUCCAUAUAACACAUGUCGUAAAUAUAUGGAUCAUAGAAUGACUAAAAAGCCUAUGCCUUCAGACCCCUUAUUCGUGAAUAAUGAAGGACAAGUUCUUACCCGACCUAUGUUCAUGCUAAAACAUGUUCUGGAAUUAUUCCGCCAGAUAUGCCGUAGUGACAUGGCGAAAAGUGACCCCGAUGAAAAUCCGUACAAUGAAAAUGGCAUGUUGCAAACCUAA